AUGAAUUUGACGACGUUAAAUUCUUCGACUUUCAAAUUUGGUCGCCAUGAAUUUGUUAACAGUAACCCCGAGAUGGCCAUCCCUCUUCUGAUCGCCCUCGGGCUGGGAACGGUCAUUGGCACGUUCGGCAAUGUGCUCAUUCUGCUCGGAGUGGCCAGGGCAAAGGAUCUGCAGAACAUGGAAUCGGUCUUCAUUGUUAAUCUGGCUUGUUCUGACCUGUACGUAACGGCGCUGGCCGAUCCCAUGAGCAUAACAGCUAAGCUGGAAGGUGAGGAUUUUUUCGAGCGGAUCCCCGGCCUGUGUCGAGCCAUCGCCUGCAUGUGCACGAUCUCCUGUGUGAACUCUCUCAUGUCCAUCUCGGCGCUCAGUUUCAACCGCUUUAUCUACAUCUGUCACAACAAGUACUACAAGAAGAUCUUCACCGUGCGGAGCUGCAUCUUCAUGUGCGGCGUCUUCUACACCAUAGGCAUUUUCCUCACCAUGCUCAACUACCUGGACAUCGGCGACCACACGUUCGACAGGAAGAGCCUGGAGUGCAUCUGGGACCGCAUGGCCACGUACUCAUACACCGUCGUCUUCUCCAUCGUCCUCGUGUGGAUCCCCAUCGUCGUGAUCGGCUUGUCCUACCUGAAGAUAUUCCUCCGCGUGAAGGCGUCGCGACAGCGGAUCCACCAGUCGCGGCUGAGGACAUCCACCUCCUCCUCGAACUUCGCGUCCAGUUUCCAGCUCUGCAAGACCAUGUUCAUCAUCUAUAUCGUGUUCGCGACGUGCUGGGCGCCCUACGCCCUCAUCAUCGUCGUAGACCACGACGAUUCCUUCGACUACGCCCCGCAUCUGUACAUCGUCGUGUGGGCCCACAUGCACCCGUCCCUCAACUGGCUCGUCUACUACUUCACCAACAUGAAGUUCCAGCGAGCCUUCGACAGCAUCUUGUUUAUCACCAGGUGCAGACGGCGGGUGGAGGUGGAGGACGUGGUGGUCACGCAGACUACAGAGAAUUCGCUCAAACCUCCGAAACGCGUGCAUUCUACUAAAGAGUCAGCGGGGAUGUAA